UCUGCGCACUAGAACUUCCGGUUGCGUUGAGGUCAGCUGACCUGGAGUAAAAUUUGUCAAAUAUUAUUUACAUUUUAGCAGUAUUUAACCAGAUUUUAACAUGGAUCGUGAACAUUUUACAAAGCUGAUUUUAUCAUAGCAUUCUAAGGUUUCUUGAACAUCCGAAGAAAUCGAUUUUAGUGUCACCAUGGAGUCGGAAGGAGAGACAGUGUAUGGAACUCAUGAAGACUCACAUCAAGUGAUGUCAGAAAAAGUGCAAGCACUUGCCAAUGAAGUGUAUGUUGAGUUCCAAAGGAUGAUGGAAUCAUAUGACGAAAAUGUUUGUCGAAGACUCAUGCCUCUCGUUGUGAACAUACUUGAAGGGCUGGAUCAUUCGUUCACAGAAAAGCAAGAAAAUGAGGUUGAACUGGAAUUGUUACGUGAUGAUAAUGAACAAUUGUUGACGCAGUAUGAGCGUGAGAAACAACUCCGUAAAGCAUCAGAGCAGAAAUAUCUAGAGGUUGAGGACUCUAUAGAGGAGGAGAGGAAACAGCAAGAGGGUAGGAUAGAAGCCCUGGAGAGUGGGGUACAUAAACUAGAGCUCAAGGCAAAGAAUCAACAAGAUCACAUAUCCCGACUUGAAGACAAAGAAAAUGAAAAAAAUAAAGAGUACAACAAGUUACAUGAACGUUAUACAGAGUUAUUCAAGACUCACAUGGAAUAUAUGGAGCGAACUAAACUGCUGAUGGGGCGUGAAAUAUUACAGGACCCUACUGGCCCAACCCCCAAGGGAAAAGGGUUCGUCCUACCCAACCUGCGCUCCGUCUCUCCUGGAUCCACACCUAUGAAAUCUGGGGAGACACCAAUUACGUCACCAGAAUUCAUUAUAUCCCCAGGCAACAGAAGUCUGGACUCUAAUGCUAGUCUCAAACAUGAACUAAAGGGAAAGGGUGAGAAGAAUGAGAAGGCCACUGGGGAAGACAAACAGACUGGAACUGAUAAUGUUCCUAUGCAGGAGAUGAGUACAUCUACAAAAGUAACUGAUACAGAUACCAAGCAAGAUAUUCCAAUAGAUGAUGGUGCUAUAAGUUCUAAUAAAGCAAGUGGAGAUACUGUAAACUCUAAACAAACAAUAGUCAAUGAUAAACAAUCAAAUGAUAAACAAUCAACAUCAUUAUUAAAUCAAGAACAAAAAACAGAAGCAAUAAGUCCUAUUCAAAUUAAAUCUACUAGUACUCCAAUUGAACGUCUUAGUAAAUUGAAACUGGACCUUGACACUACACUGAAGCAAACUGAGAAUAUAGGCCACAACCUGUUACUUGAUGGCAUGGUUGAAGUAGAAGAAAAAGCUGCCCCACAGACCCCAGUGUCUCUGAGGGACAUUGUCUCUUCCACCCCAGACCUUGAAGAUAUUGAUGAUCUCUCCUCCCCAUUAACAAACCUGGCCAAGAGAAAGUUCACCAGGGCCAAUGAGUCAUCCAUCUAUGAUGAGUUGAACUUCCAAGAUUCUGACGCCCUUGGAGAUAUGGAUGAUGGUGCUGAUAUAACAGGCAAUGAAGUGAACCCUGGUGACUAUGCUUCAUCUGGUAUGGGUAAAGAGGUGGAGAAUCUUAUCAUGGAGAAUACUGAACUGUUGGCAACCAAGAAUGCUCUGAACAUCGUGAAAGAUGACCUAAUAGCCAAGGUUGAUGAGCUAACCAGUGAGCAAGAGAUGUUGAAGGAAGAGGUCUCCUCAGUUCAGCAAACCAAGUCUCGACUGCAGUUAAGGAUUACAGAGCUGGAGGAGGAACUGAAGAAAGUUAAGGAAGACCUUGAUAAGAAGAAGAGUGCUGCUCCUGCAGAGGAAGAGGAGGAGGUUCCAAUGGCUCAGCGUAAACGUUUCACGCGUGUAGAGAUGGCAAGAGUCCUCAUGGAACGCAACCAGUACAAGGAGCGUCUCAUGGAACUGCAGGAAGCAGUGCGAUGGACUGAGAUGAUCAGAGCAUCCAAGGAGCACCCAGAGCUAGCUAAACCACAGGAUAAGAAGAAAGGGUCAAUAUGGAACUUCUUUAGUAACCUGUUCAGAGGGUCUGAAAAGCCACCUAAGAAGCCAAUGGCAAGUUUGGGAACAGUGAGGUAUAAUGCCCCAACCACAAACUUACAACCUGUAGGUGAUCCCACAAAGACAGAGAGAGAAAAACUUAACCUUGGAAAUAAAGGAAAAGCCUAUGAUUUUCUUGGGGAAGAUGCUGCCUCAGAAAAGUUACGUAGAGAGCGAGAGCAAGAAAGAAGGGACCAGUACAAGAAAGUGAGAGCGAUUGUGAAGAAAGAUGACGGAAGAAUGCAGGCCUAUGGUUGGUCACUUCCUGCUAAGUUCCAGGCUUCAAUGACAAAAGAUGCCCAGAACAAAAGUCAUGUUCCCGUCCCUGUGCCAGUCUACUGUCGCCCUCUAUUGGAUAAAGAGCCUGGGAUGAAGAUAUGGUGUGCCUCUGGAGUGAACCUAACAGGGGGAAAGACAAAGGAUGGUGGCAAUAUAGUUGGUGCCAGUGUCUUCUACUCUGACCCUCCUCCUGGGGUUGAUAACAAGGACAAUACUUCUGAUGAAACAGAUCUGGACAAACUCAACAAUGAAAUUAGUGAACAUGAGAAAGACAUGAAAGCCUUGGAAGAAAAUCAAACAAUCUCAUCAUUAGUGUGGAUAUGUACCACUACAAGCGCUAGUAGUCGCGUGACGGUCAUUGAUGCCAACAACCCAGCUGAUAUCUUGGAAUCCUUCCAUGUCACGUCAUCUCAUAUAUUGUGCAUAUCAAGCGUACCAGGUGCUACAGAGUCAGACUUCAUUAGUGAUAAUGAUAUUCCCAAUGUUGAGAAAACUCCCCCAGCUGAUGUGAGCAUUGACCCUCUACGUGACAACCGUGAUGUGGAAGAGGGCAUUGGUGGUAUAUCUGUGGUGCAAUGUGCUACUGGAGCUAUCCCUGAUGGUGAUACUAAACCAAUGUCCCCUGUAGGCUCUCCACCUGUUUCAGAGCUGAGUGACCAUGUUAAAGACAAGAUCUCCAGUGUGACUGAAGCCAUAGAGUCACUUUCCUCUCAACAGGACCCCGAAGCUGAGAAAGAAGUCAGUGAAAAGAAGCCAAGUCCAGCUGAAGAAUAUUCUAAAAGUCCAGAGAUAGCUACUGGUGUGAUCCACAAAGCCACUGGGUCUCCUGUUAGAUCCCGCCACACCACCCCUACCCCAGAACCUGAUGGUGUCAAUGCAGACAGACACACCUCUAGGGAUCAAAAUCCAUUGGUGAAAGAUGGCAUCACAAUGUCUGCUGACAAGGAGCUUGUGACAGAGGAAGCAGAGAAGAUGAGCAGUAUGCUGCCAACCAUGUGGUUGGGCUCACAAAGUGGAAGUCUAUAUGUCCACUCUGCAGUGAGGCAAUGGAAGAGAUGUUUGCACUCCGUCAAGCUUCGAGACUCUGUUUUGCACAUUGUGCACAUUAAAGGAAGGGUGUUUGUUGCAUUGGCUGAUGGUACAGUUGCAGUCUUCCAUAGGGACGCAGAUGGCCAGUGGGACUUGAAGAACUACCAUCUUCUGGAUCUGGGAAGGCCGCAUCAUUCUAUUCGCUGUAUGACUGUUGUGGCAAAUAAGACCAUGUGGUGCGGUUACCGCAAUAAAAUACAUGUGGUCAACCCAAAAACAUUGGCACUGGAGAGAACAUUUGAUGCUCAUCCGCGUAAGGAGAGUCAGGUGCGUCAAUUAGCCUGGGUAGGAGAUGGAGUGUGGGUCUCAAUUCGCCUAGACAGUACCCUCAGGCUUUACCACGCUUACACAUUUGAACACUUACAAGAUGUAGACAUUGAGCCUUAUGUUAGCAAAAUGCUUGGUACAGGGAAAUUGGGAUUCUCAUUUGUCAGAAUCACAUCAUUAUUGGUCGGGUGUAAUCGACUCUGGAUUGGUACAGGAAAUGGUGUUGUCAUCUCUGUGCCUCUCUCUGAAUCUGCAAAGCAGCACUUGAUGCCUGAUAGCAAGGGAGGCAAACCAGGUGGAGUCGUCCGUGUCUAUAGUGAUGCCAACUCGGACAAUAUCACUCCAGGCAGUUUCAUCCCCUACUGCUCUAUGGCCCAGGCACAACUGUCAUUCCACGGACAUAAAGAUGCCGUCAAGUUUUUUGUUGCUGUACCAGGUAAGUGCUGUUUAUGCAGUCAAGUUCUUUGUUGCUGUACCAGGUGCAGCCCAGAAAGGCCUCUCUAGUAAGGUGACUGACGGAUCAAGUAGCAAACUGGCCAAGCCAGAGGGAAUCACCAACCAGUCCAGGAAUGUCCUGGUCAUGUCUGGAGGAGAGGGUUAUGUCGAUUUUAGAAUAGGAGACACAGAUGAUGAGGAUGAGGGGAGCUCUUCACAAGGGGAGGGAGAAAAGGAAAAGAUGUCAAUUAGCAAAGGAGAUAGGAGUCAUUUAAUAGUUUGGGAGGUACCAAGAUGAAGUUACAGUUACCAUGGUAAUGAUGAUUGAUUUUUAUUGGAAUUUUUUCAACACAAUGUUCGGCAACAUUGUAUGCCUUGAAUAUAGUCACCAUGGCAACGUUGUAUGCCUUAAAUAUAGUCACCAUGGUAGUUUAUAACCAUUGGAACAGUAUCCCUGCAGAGCAAUUCAAAUGUAUUCAAUAUGAAGUUGUAUAAUUCAUUAUAACCAAAACAACUGGAUGUAUGUUGCCAUACCAACCAUAUUGCAGUAACUUAGAUGUAGCACUAACAUUACUGGACAAAACUGGAUAUUUAAACUUAGAGUUCCAUUCAACAAUUUGCAACAUGUGUACUGUUUAUACUCAUUUCUGCUUUUUUAAAUUUCAUUAGCUUUUUAUAGCACCAAUGUUUAUCGCUAUGACAACUGGUCAGUUUUUGGGCCUGCUUGGUAAAUUC